GUAACUAAUUCACUCGUUCACAUCCCUCAAAAGAAGAUGGGUUCCAAUUCUCUGCGCAGUCCAAUCCAAUAUGGCGGCAAAUCUGGAAGUCCUUGGUUAACUUUGCUUAUUUUCCACGUGGAAAUAAACUUAACUUUGAGCGCUUACCACCAGGGUUUCUGCGUGUAUUUGACUAUCUGUCGAGUUUGAGAAUCGUAUCCGGGUACAAGACGUAUUGAAAUUAUGUCAUCUGGUCUUCCACCCACGUCAAACCAAUCCGGAUUCCCCCCUCCCCCGAUGCCCCCCAUGAUCCCAGGAAUGAUGAUGCCACCAAAUAUGAAUGCGAUGGCACAAGCAGGGUUUCUCCCCCCUGGGAUUCCUGGUUUCCCAGGGUUACCCCAAGCCCCAGGUUUCCCACCGAUGCCCGCCAUGCCAAUGUUCAACCCUCACGCAAUGCAGGCUAUGGCUGGGGCCUUCCAGGCAAUGCCAGCUGUGGUCACAUCUGUUGCCAGUCCAGUUGUUCAGCCAGUGACUCAAACAGUAAAACCAGCAGCAGCACCAGAAGUGACCCUGGAACCGGUCGUACCUGAACUGAAAGAAGAAAAAAGCAAAGAGGAACUUGAGAAAGAGGAAGAAAGAAGGAAACAAAGAGAGGAAAGAAGAAAGGCAGCCAUGGUUUGGAGCGAGCACAAAGCACCUGAUGGAAGAACUUAUUAUUAUAAUUCAGAGACAAAACAAUCAUCUUGGCAAAAACCUAAUGAGCUAAAAACAAAUGCUGAGCGACUCCUGGAUGCCAGUCCGUGGAAAGAACACAGUGCGGACGGUGGUCGCCCAUAUUAUCAUAACAAUGAAACUAAGGAAUCAACAUGGACAAUACCAAAAGAAUUUGAAGAAUUGAAAGAACGCAUCAAAGUCGAGGAACAACAGGAAGAGGAGGAGCAGAAAAGAGACGAAGAAAGAGCAAAAGAAGAACUUCGAGCGAAAGAGGCGAAGGAACAAGCCAAACAGGAACCAGCAGGAGUCACACAAACCGAUGGACCACAACCAGCUUCAGCUGCAAGUGCUGUUGCAGCAACCGAGGCAUCGUCUUCACCAGCGGCUUCGACUCCCAAGAGAGAUUAUAUUUAUGACACGAAGGAAGAGGCGAAACAAGCCUUUAAAGAACUUCUUAAGGAAAAGGGUGUGUCUUCCGUCAUGAACUGGGAUGCUGCAAUGCGGAUGAUUGUGGCUGAUCCACGAUACGGUGCCUUGAGAAAGAUGAACGAGAAGAAACAAGCUUUUAAUGAAUAUAAAACACAACGUGCAAAUGAAGAGAAGGAAGAGCUUCGUCAGAAGGCGCGUAAAGCACGUGAUGACCUCCAUAAAUUCCUGGAAUUCCACCCUAAGAUGUCGUCGUCUGUUCGCUGGCAUCGCGCAACGGAGAUGUUCGACGGAGAGCAGGCUUGGAACGCCGUGAAAGAGCGAGAACGCAAGGACGUGUUUGAAGAUGUCAUCUUCUUGCUUGCUAAGAAAGAGAAGGAAAGAGAGAAAGAAAUGAGAAUUGAGAACAGAGAUUUUAUGAUCUCUGUCUUCAACAGUAUGACUGAAGUCUCGUAUAGGACGACCUGGGUUGAGGCUCAAGAACAACUGAGAGAUAUGGCAGUGUAUAAUGACGAUGAAAGAAUAAAAGACAUGGAUAAGGAGGAUAUGUUGAUUGCAUUUGAGGAUCACAUCAGAGCUCUCGAACAAGACCAGGUGGAGGAAAAACAGAGAGAAAAAAACAAGAAGAGAAGACAACAGAGGAAGAACAGAGAAGGAUUCCUUGCCUUUCUGGACGAACUCCACAAGACCAACCAGAUCCACUCGAUGUCCCUGUGGUCCGAGAUGUACCCAACUAUCAGCGCUGAUCUCAGGUUCAGCAAAAUGCUGGGACAACCUGGAUCGACACCACUUGAUCUGUUCAAGUUUUACGUGGAAGACUUGAAGUCGAAGUUCAACGAUGAGAAAAGAAUCAUUAAAGAAAUAAUGAAGGAAUGUGAUUGUACGGUUGAAUUGAACAGUAACUUCGACGAUUUCUAUAACUUGAUUCAAAGAGAUGACCGCUCAGCCACGUUGGAUCCUGGGAAUAUUAAAAUGACCUUUAACAACUUGCUGGAAAAAGCGGAAGCUCGUGAAAAGGAACGAGUGAAAAGAGAAGAAAGAGACCAACGUCGGCGUGAAACAUCGUUCAAGCAAAUGUUGAAAGUAUCCUCUCCCUCCUUGGAUGAGAACAGCUCAUGGGAUGAGGUGCGUGAAAGAUUCGUCAGCGAACCAGCAUUUUUGGCGAUGACUGUUGAGUCAGAAAGAAUACGAUUAUUUAAAGAAUUUAUUUCUUCAUUACUCCAGGAAUGUGGUCAUCACCAUACCUCCCGAUCAACCCACAAGAAAGCAAAGAAAAAUAAAAAACACAGAAAACGCUCCAGAUCACCUUCGGCUUCAUCAAAGUCCGAAGACGAGUCUGACAAAGAAAAAUCACACAAGAAAAAGCGUCACAGAAAUAAAUCAAGAUCACCGUCGGCUUCCUCACAAUCUGACACAGAUAAGGAUGUUUCCGGCAAAAGAAAACACAAGAAAGAGAAAAAGAAAGCAAAGAAAAAACGACGUCAUUCACCCUCGUCAGGUUCUGAGUCCGACGAGACACGUAAAGACAAAGAACGUGCUCGCGAGAAAGAACGUGUUCGUGAACGUGAGCACGAGGAAAGAGAACGAAAGGAUAAGGAACGCGACGACCGUGAGCGCGAAAAAGAACGCACGCGCGAGAAGGAACAACGUGAGCACGAAGACAAAGAACGUUCGCGCGAAGAAGACGGCGAGAGAGCACGCGAGAAGGAACGUCAUGCGCGCGAGAAGGAACGCGAAGACGGAGAAGACGAGAGACCACGCGAGAAGGAAGCGAGGAAAACGAAAGAAGGAAAGAAAGAAAAACGAAGUGAAAAGAAGAAAAAGGAAAAGAAAGCGGAAAAGAAACGGAAAGAGAAAACUCGAAAAGAAUCCGAAGCUUCUCACUCUGAAGAGGAAGCACAAAAAACGAAAAAAACCGACUGGAAUACUUCAUCUAGUGAGAGUGAAAGUGAGCUGCAGAACAGGAGAAUGGCCUUACUACGUCAGCUGCAGGAAUCUCCAUAGCAACGCGGAUGAUAUUUCAAACGAUGAUUAAUUAAUUUUAUCAUGUACUUUGAGAUAUUUUUGUCGCGAUAAAAAAUCACUUAUAUUGCUCAUGUCAGCAGUUAAGCCAUA